UCGGUGUUCCUGUUGUUAAAGUCUGAGACUUGGAUUCGAUUAAGUUGUGUGUUCGCUUGGUUUCUCUAUUACAAGAGUUUGGUUUUGUGUAGUAGUUGAAUCAGAGAUGAGUAAGAGACCUCCGCCUGAUCCAGUGGCUGUGCUUAGAGGGCACCGUCACUCUGUUAUGGAUGUUUCCUUCCAUCCAUCAAAAUCUCUGCUUUUCACUGGUUCAGCUGAUGGAGAGUUGAGGAUUUGGGAUACUAUUCAGCACCGUGCAGUUUCUUCUGCUUGGGCUCAUAGUAGAGCAAAUGGGGUUUUAGCUGUAGCAGCUAGUCCCUGGUUAGGAGAGGACAAGAUUAUCAGCCAGGGAAGAGAUGGAACUGUUAAGUGUUGGGAUAUUGAAGAUGGUGGUCUAUCAAGAGACCCAUUACUAAUACUUGAGACAUGCGCCUAUCAUUUUUGCAAGUUCUCUCUUGUUAAGAAGCCUAAGAAUUCUCUGCAAGAAGCUGAAAGUCACUCACGGGGUUGUGAUGAGCAGGAUGGUGGAGACACAUGUAAUGUUCAAAUUGCUGAUGAUAGUGAACGAUCUGAGGAGGAUUCUGGUUUGCUUCAGGAUAAAGAUCAUGCUGAAGGUACCACUUUUGUAGCAGUAGUAGGGGAGCAACCUACUGAGGUAGAGAUAUGGGAUCUCAAUACCGGAGACAAGAUAAUACAGCUUCCUCAAAGUAGCCCUGACGAAUCCCCCAAUGCUUCUACCAAAGGAAGAGGAAUGUGUAUGGCUGUUCAAUUGUUUUGCCCUCCUGAAUCACAGGGUUUCUUACAUGUCUUAGCUGGUUAUGAGGAUGGUUCAAUACUUCUUUGGGAUAUACGCAAUGCUAAGAUUCCUCUAACAAGUGUGAAGUUUCAUUCAGAGCCAGUUUUAAGUCUUAGUGUUGCAUCAUCAUGUGAUGGAGGAAUCUCAGGAGGGGCAGAUGACAAAAUUGUGAUGUAUAAUCUCAACCAUUCAACUGGUUCUUGUACAAUAAGGAAAGAGAUUACUUUGGAAAGGCCCGGUGUAUCGGGCACCUCAAUUCGAGUCGAUGGGAAAAUUGCAGCCACGGCUGGUUGGGACCACAGAAUACGAGUCUAUAAUUACCGCAAAGGAAAUGCUCUAGCAAUACUAAAGUACCACCGAGCAACGUGCAACGCUGUGUCCUACUCUCCAGACUGUGAGCUAAUGGCGUCUGCGUCUGAAGAUGCAACUGUUGCUCUCUGGAAACUAUAUCCUCCCCAUAAAUCUCUCUGAUCUUUAUGGUUCGGUUUUGGUUUGAUUUCUUGACCUGAAUCUCUUGAAUUGGUAAAUAUACAUGAUGUCAUCAUCAAAAAAACAAAUGGAAAAACAGAGAGUAUUUUCUGGUUUGUUAUAUAUAGCCCACUGAUUAGUUUGAUUUGUUCAAACUCGCACGUUCUGCCGUUUUCGGAGAAAAGAAUAAUCAAACGACGCGUAGUUUGAAUCAUAGUACGUUGAGUAGAUUUCACGACCAAAAGAAAUUGCAUUUGCACCAAACUAAUCCGUCACCGUCGUAGGAGACUCAUAACAUCUGAAGACCUAAAAUUCAAACACUGUGUAAAAUGGCGUACGUCGACCAUGCGUUCUCGAUAACGGACGAGGACAUUAUGAUUGAGACUUCAUACACCGUCAAUAACCGACCGCCGGUGAAGGAGAUCGCACUCGCGGUGGCUUUACUCGUGUUCGGAACCCUAGGAAUUGUCUCCGGUUUCUUCAUGGCUUAUAAUCGAGUUGGCGGUGAUCGAGGCCACGGGAUUUUCUUCAUCGUCCUCGGGUGUCUUCUGUUCAUUCCCGGGUUUUACUAUACACGGAUUGCGUAUUAUGCUUACAAAGGAUACAAAGGUUUCUCCUUCUCAAACAUACCGCCCGUUUAGGUGUCCCCUUUUGAAUCUCUCCUACUCAAAAUGUAUAGAGAUGUUUUAUUACUCUAUAGCAAUGAUUGACUUGUUUUCUCUUUUGUGUAGUUUUAUAGAAUUUGAGUCCAGUCCUUUCUU